UCCACUUUUUCUACUUUUCCUUUCUUUUCCUUAUAUCUUUUCUCAUCAUCUUCUAUAUAUAUAAAUAUAUAUCUCUUUGUUUUUUUUUUUGGUCCUAAUUAAUCCAUCUAUAUUCCAAUUCUUCAUUAUCAUCACUAAUUAACUAGCUAAUUACCACCUAUACCCUUCUUUGGUCUGGCGCAGCUUUUUAAUUUUUAUAACUAAUCUUCUAAUCAUCAUCAAAGCCGCCCAAAAAUUAAGAAAUAUAUAUAAUAAUGAAGGAGAGUGGUAGAAAACAAGGUGCGAUGUCACCAUGCGCGGCGUGCAAGCUUCUGCGGCGGCGGUGUGCGCAGGAUUGUGUGUUUGCUCCGUACUUUCCCGCCGACGAACCCCAGAAAUUCGCGAGUGUUCAUAAGGUCUUUGGUGCUAGCAAUGUCAACAAAAUGUUACAGGAACUACCAGAAGACCAGAGAAGUGAUGCAGUGAGCUCAAUGGUAUAUGAAGCAAAUGCAAGAGUGAGAGAUCCAGUUUAUGGGUGUGUUGGAGCCAUAUCAUCCUUACAACAACAGAUCGAUGCUCUCCAAACCCAAUUGGCUCUAGCACAAGCCGAAGUAGUCCACAUGAGAAUGAGCCAGUUCUCUCCCACACCCAAUCAUAAUAAUAAUCCUCAUCAAUCUACUGAUAGUAUUACUACUCAUCAUCAUCAUCAUCAUCCUACUACUGAUCAAAAUAAUAAUAAUAAUAAUAAGCACCAUAUUAUGUCUAACACUACCUCUCAUCACCAUCAUCUCCAUCAUCAAACCAAGUCCUUUUUUAGCUUGGACAUGGCAGUAGAUCAUCAUCAGGCUAAUAUGGGAGAGUCUUUAUGGUCAUGCUAGCUAGUCUACUUAAUUAUUAUUAUUAUUAUUAUUACUAUAGCUUUGGCUACCUUAAUCAAUAUUCCUAAUCACUUUAUUAUUAUCUGUUAUUUUCUUUGUUACCAUGAUCAUGGCCCAUGCUUUAUUAUUGUCUGCCUCUUUUUACUUUUUUUUUACAUGAUAUAUAUAUAUAUAUAUAUAUUUAUAGAUUUGUGCU